ACUAGUUUUACAGUUACCAGUUUCUAUAUAGAUACGUUAGUGAUGAAGUUUAAUUGCACUUUUAUAUGAUUUAAUUUGCUUUUCAUUGAAUUUUAAAGAGAAAGUUGAAACAUUUCUUGAAAAUUUUAAAAUAGCAGUAUACUACUUCCAAGGGCAACUUGUGGACAACAUGAUAUUAUCUAAAUUUUUAUUUAAUUAGGAUAUAAAUUCAACUUUUAAUAUUUUUGUAAGGUGGAAUAUCUGAAAAAAUGAUACAUUAGCCUGUAGGUGUCCAUGUAGAGACUUCAGUGGUAUAUGUACCUGCAGCUUUAGCAGUUUAAAAAGAUGGCAGAUUUUGGUGGAAGUGACCCACCGCCAGAUAGAAAUGAAGGUAAAGGAAGGGAGGAAGUAAAGAAGAAUGGUAGUGGGGGAGAAGGAAUGUCUCGGACAGAAGUUUUUUUACCUCCAGAUAUUGGAGCAUCUGGAAGCAGUUUUGUACAAAAGUCUUCACAGCAAGUGAAAGAUGAAUCUUCAGAACUGACAGGGAGUAAGUCUGGGGAUCCUGGAGCAAAAUCCAUACAGAAUCCCAACACUGGAAUGAAGAAUAAGAAUCAAAAUAGACAAAUGAACAGAGAACAGAUGGGACAUGGUGGAAAGAAACCUGAAUCAUAUAUAGCAGCUAUAGCACAAAACUUUACUGGUGAUACUACUGGGCAGAAAAUAGGGAUACAUAAGACAGAGAAACCACAAAAGCAUCAAACAGCUGAAAGUAAUGAACCUGAGUCACAUCUGAAUAAAGAAGAUACAAAAGCAAAGGCUGCUUCAAACAAACAAGAAUCUUUCAGACCUGAAUCUGAAGAUGGGAGAGGAACUCGUGGAUCACAAACAGUUAGAAUGGGUACCAAAAAUAAUCAAGAACAUUUGCAUAGAGAACAAAGACCAGAAAAAAUAUAUUCAAAGCAGAAUAGGGAAGGCAUAGAUGGCCAUGAAGUGAAAGUGUCUCAUGUUUCUGUUACAGGCAAACAGUCUGACAAAGGUGAACAUGGAAGUCUUUUGAGUGGAUCCUUUUGUGUAAUUAGAGAUGAAGGUGAGUAA